AUGAGCACAGAACCCGGUGCCAACGACUCAUCGAUCCCUCCUCCCAAGCCCGAGGAGGCCGCCAACGAGCACCUUAAUAUCAAGGUCACAGACGGAAACAAUGAAGUCUUCUUCAAGAUCAAGCGCACGACCCAGCUGAAGAAGCUGAUGGACGCGUUCUGUGACCGUCAGGGAAAGUCCCCGACCAGCGUCAGAUUUUUGUUUGACGGGACCAGGGUCCAGGGCAACGAUAGUCCGCAUACUCUCGAUAUGCAGGAUGGUGAUACCCUCGAAGUCCAUCAGGAACAGAUCGGCGGUACCUGCUAG